AGCUGAUUUGUUUACUCUCUCUCUCUCUCUCUAAAAAUAGCAACCACUAGAGUGAUUUUCCCAUGAAGUUUGGGGACAUGUAAUAUCUUUUCCCUGAUAUGCUCUCCCUCUCAGUCUCUCAACCCUAUUUUCUCUCCCCAUCAUUCUCAGUCCUACUGUUCACUCCUCCACAGUGCUAAAGUUCUCAUCGUUUUCUCUGAUCUCUCUCCCCCUCAUUCCCUUUCUUGCCACUUUUGAUAGCCUUCCUCUCUCUCACCGUCCCCAUAAUUACCUUUCUCGUUCUGCUUUCUUGAACAACAACCAACCCCUUCUUUUAUUUUAUUUUUUUCUGGAUUAAUCUACCGUUCUUGGACUGAGCAGAUACUCUUUCUUGGGUCUGUUUCUUGAUUAGAUACAGCUUCGAGCUUUUGGGGGCUUCUGUGCUCGAUCUUUCUGACAUGGGAUUCUCUUUUUAUUUCAAUUUGAUGCUUAGUCUUUGUCUUUUCGAGUCCAUUUCUGCUUAAGGCUCAAGUAUUCUUGCCGGGAUGAUUAAUUUGUCUGCUUUUGUUAUAGCCACUUUCUGUACACAAGUAGUCACUUGACUGUUUCGUUAUUUGGCAAAAGGAAGUUUUGAAGUUCAGGGGCUGUUAGUGUAUGCCAUAGACAGUCUUUCUUGGUGGAGUCUGAUGUGGGUCAGUAUGCAUUAAUUUCAACUGAUCUCGAGUCUGUUUUCUCUCUCUUUUUGAUUCUCUUAUGGAAUCCUGGAGUUUCAAUUCUGGGGAGAAGGGGGUUCAGUCAGAUGGGACAAUGUCAUCCUCUGAUGCUCUUGCAAGAAGCAAAAAUGCUUUCUUGAGUUGGGAAUUGAGAACUCCAUCUGGUUUUAGUAAUAACGGCAUGCUGGUCUCUGCCCAGCAGGCAAACAAUAGCAUUAGUCCAGGUUUUGGUGAAUUGGGAUUUCAAGACAUGACCAAGCAAGUCCCACGGGAUCCAAUCCGGGAUGUCUGGGGUCACAAAGUUGGAGGAGGAAGAGACAUAAACUCAAUCAUGGCCUCUCCAAUCACUUUUCUGUCCGAUGAAGAGUCCUCGAAAUUCUCAAGCUUUGUGAUGGACUCCAGUAGUAGAGACUCGUCACUCAUCGAUUUGAAACUUGGGAGGUUUUCCGAUAACAGGGAUCCCCCUAAAUCUAGACUCCCGGUUUUCUCGUCGUCCGGGUCGUCCACACCAACGAAGAGACUUAGAGCCGCCGGGGCGAAUUUCCAGAACGCAUAUUGCCAAGUUUAUGGCUGUAACAAGGACCUUAGUUCCUCCAAAGACUACCACAAGAGGCAUAAAGUUUGUGAGGCUCACUCAAAGACUUCAAAAGUGAUAGUGAACGGCAUUGAACAGAGGUUUUGCCAGCAGUGUAGUAGGUUUCAUUUGCUGGCUGAAUUUGAUGAUGGUAAGCGCAGCUGUCGUAAACGUCUUGCAGGCCACAAUGAACGUCGUAGGAAGCCCCAAAUUGGCGUUCACUCUGCAAGGGCUGGAAAACUCUUGCAGCCAUAUGGUGGAAACAGGUUUCAAGGGAAUGUGUUCACGACUACAUCCUUUAUUUGCCAGGACAUACUCCCUAGUGGCAGCCGUCUGCAUCCUGAGAAGUUUAAAGCCAAUGAUUGGGUCAACCGUGUUAAAGCGGAACAUGGAACUGAUUAUGGUACAUUAUCGGUAGGGCAUCCCAGGUUGCCUUUCCCCUCCUACAGUUAUGGAAAGCAACUGUCUCCAUUCCUUGAUAAUAGAGGUAAUUCCGUCUCAGUGGGCAUUUUCGGCGAAGGUAGCCGAUUUCAGCAUGAUGUCGAAGGACCAAAUUCUGGUUCACGUUCCUUGUUUCCAGACCCCUUGGGGAGUGAAGACUAUGGCAUAUUUGACACCGAAUCGACGGUUCAAGGAUUGCCGGGAGUUUCAGAAUCUGGUUGUGCUCUCUCUCUUCUGUCAUCGCACUCUCAGAAUUCUUCUAGCCAAACGUCUGGAAUUCCCAUGGACCAGUCCUUGAUCAUGCACAGUGGCCAGUUGCGGUAUGGUGUGGGCCCGGUGUCUGCAAACCUAAUGGGGGUGAGCUCGCUCACUCUGGAAAAUGGAGUGUUAAGCAAGUUUUCUUCAUCAGGAAUCCAUUCUGCCGAAGCAAAUCAAGGCUCGAUCGUAAUCUGUGACAACGAAAAUUCCAACUACGCGAUCUCAGGUGGGUUUGUCCAUGGAUCAGGUCUUUUAGAUGCAAAAGACCAUCUUCCUUGCGGAGAUGAUGGACAUACAAUCAAUUUGCUUCAACUGUCUUCACAACUUCAGCGCGUGGAGCAUCAAAGACAUUCCCUGCACGUGAAGCAGGAAAACAACGCUUUCUCUUGCCUGCAGACUACUUGAAUCUUCCAAAAUGAAGCUUCACGAAGUGGCAAGGCAGUACUACGACGUCCUGUUUUUUUUUUCUUUUUCCCUCCGUCAGACUCCUCGAAGUCUGUUUAGAACACAAAAAGGAUGAGGCCAAAUGUAGAUACUAUCUCUGUCUAUGCAACUCAAGUUUUUUCAACUGACGGUGCCAAAUAACUGUUCUUUGAGUGCCAUAAUCUGGCGAAUAACUCAACCAGUUUGACUCCGCUUGUAUGAAUUUUCAGAUUCCGAUUUCAGGGUUGAAGAUUUUCAGGUGGAACGUGUUCCACUUCCAUGGAUGCAGACAA